GCAAGCGAUGAGAAAGUCGAUCAAACUUGAGAGACAUUUGUUACGUUGGUUGCAAUUAUUAUCGCCAAAAUGAGUAAUCCACGAUAUGGAGGCCGGUCAGAUAUCAAUGCUAAAAUAAAACUUGGACUGUCAAAUGGAUCCUUGGAUAGUAGAACCAGCAACUUACAACGUGGUGGGUUGAACAAGAAGUCGAGCAGAGUGAAGAAGUCUGUAUACCUGUGGACUGCCGCUGAUGUCAGAUCAUGGCUACAGAGGAAACACAGAGACUACUUUGAACGGUACUACUCGCUCUUCCUAGAGCAUGAUAUAUCAGGUCGAGCCUUAGUAAGACUGAAUGAGAUGAAGCUAGAAAGAAUGGGGAUAGAGAACAAAGAACAUAGAAUGGACCUUCAUGAGCAAAUACUCAAGCUGCGGAUCAAGCACGAACAGAACGAACUGAGGCUUCUACGGAAAACUGAUGUUGUGGUGAACAAGGAUUGAUCAGCUGGGGGGCGUUUCACAAAACUUGUCAUCAGUGACACAUGACAGGUUUUGUUAUAAGCUACUGAAAUCCUUGCUUCUGAUUGGUUAUCAAUAGAUUUGUCACUGAUUCGAGUCAUUUGUCAUUGAAAAAAGGCUUUGUGAAAUGCAUCCCAGGAUUCAGGACUGAAAGCUCUUAGAGAAAAUAGUUACUUGCAUUCUCUUUUUCCAACUUUGAUGAGACUGUGCUCAGUUCUUGAAGAAAGGCUUUCAUUGAUGGCAAUGAAUUGCUCAAUGUGAGAUCUUGCAUGUUUUGUACUAUGUAAUGCUAUUUUAAUUCUCCAGUUCCAACUUUGAAGAGACUGUGCUCAGUUCUUGAAGAAAGGCUUUCAUUGGUGGCAAUGAAUUGCUCAAUGUGAGAUUUUGCAAGUUUUGUACUACAAUGCUGACAAUAAAUAGUUAUUUUCAUUCUCCCUUUCCAACUUUGAAGAGACUGUGGUCAGUUCUUGAAGAAAGGCUUUGAUUGAUGGCAAUGAAUUGUUCUAUGUGAGAUUUUGCAACUUUUGUACUACAAUGCUGAAAAUUUGGGGCUCAAACUCCUGAGAAGGGAUUGUUUCAUUCUUCCUUUCCAACUUUAAAGAGACUGUGCUCAGUUCUCGAAGAAGGCUCAUUAUUGAUGGCAAUGAAUACUUCAAUGUGAGAUCUUGCAAGUUUUGUAAUACAAUGCUGAUAAGACUGGACUCAGUUCUCAACACAGGCUGCCAUUGAUGAUGAUAGAAACAUUGAUGUGAAAUUAUUAAAAGUCUUGUACUAUAAUCUUCUUGCUUUAUAAUCGCCUGCAUGUAGUCGCACCGAGACUGAUAACAGACCACACAACAUUUUGAUACCUCUUAUGGUCAUUAGUCGGGUGGUUGAGAGUUUGCUUGGAAUCAGUUUGGCAGUGUGGCCGAGAUACAUUGUACAUGCAUGAAUUUUUAACUUAAUUUUCUGUUACAGUGUACCAGUCUUUGUUUAUCAUGAUGAAAAUGCUAAAGACUGAGCUCAAGGUUUUGAUACAAUCAAGCAGAGAAUUCCAAGUAGUGCUGCAGUCAAAAAGCUCUAUUAAAGACGUUAGGAUGAUAGUGAUACCAGUCGAGACCCUUAGAUUCUGCGUUUGAACUUUGCAGCAAACCUUAAUUAUCUCAUUGUUACCAUUGCAAUAGUAGUAUGUAGUAAUAUAGGAGGAAGGAGUAGUAGCAGUAGUAGAAGCAGUAGUAGUAUAAGUAGUAGUAGGAGUAGAAGAAGUAGUAGUAGUAGUGGUAGUGGUAGUAGAAUAGUAGAUGUCUUAGAAAGAAUAGUAACUUUUAUAGAAGUUAAGUUGUCAUAGUAUUAGAUGCAAUUCUAGUGGAAGGAGAGGAGGGGCAGGGGGGCAUUUCACAAAACUUGUCAUCAGUGACAAAUGACAGUUUCUGUUAUGAGCUACUGAAAUCCUUGCUUCUGAUGGGUUAUCAACAGAUUUGUCACUGAUUUUUGUCAUUUGUCAUUGAAAAAAGGCUUUGUGAAAUGGAUCCCUGGAGGGGAAGAAAAUGGGGGAAGAGAAUGGGAAAGAGGAAGAGGGAGGAGAGAAAAACAUUCGGAAGGGACGUAAUUUGAGGGAGGAAGGAAGAGAAGUAGGAAGAGGAGGAGCAGUAUUGUGUGCGUGUGUGCUUCUAUUCUUCUACACUGUAUAUGUUUGCAAGUAAUGGCAUUAUAAACUUCGAUCCUAAGUUACAUGAUAAUGGCAUUGUUUGAUACAUCAUUGUAUAUCAUUUGUUAUUUGAUUCAUCAUCAUGUACCUGUAUAUAACACAUUUGAACAUAAAUUUAUAUAUUAUCAAACAUUUUUUGUAUAUUGUUAUGUAAAUAAAGUACAUGUCAAUUUUAUGUGCACA